AUGCGGGGCCCCGGGUGCGCGGCGCUCUGCGUGCUGCUGCUGGCGCAGGUGGGUGCGCGGGGGAGGCCCCGACGGUGCGGCGGGGAGCCCGCGGCGGCCCUGGCGCGGCGCGGCUCUCACCGACGUGUCGCGGCUGUUUUCCAGCAGGCACCUGCGUGCUGCGUGGGACCCGCAGCGGCCUCGGCGGGGAGCGCGGGCGUCCGGCGACCUCCCGGGCCCGCGGAGUGGCCCGCCUGGAUGGCGGAGGGCGAGUACGAGCUGGUUUCUCCCUAUGAGGUUGACCACAAUGGAGACUACGUGUCGCAUGAAGUCGCCCACCCUCAGAGGAGGAAGAGGGCGCUGGCCCAGCUCGGGGUUGAAUCUCUUCACCUUCGGCUCAAGGGCUUCAGGCAUGACUUCCACAUAGAGCUGAAAGCUUCCAGCAACCUGCUGGCUCCUGCGUUUAUGGUGCAGACUCUGGGGAAGGGAGGCACCAAGUCGGUGCACGCCUUCCCGCCUGAGGACUUCUGUUUUUAUCAAGGCUCCUUACGAUCCCACAACAGUUCCUCAGUGGCUCUUUCAACGUGCAAAGGUUUGUCGGGCAUGAUCAGAACACAAGAAGCCGAUUACUUCCUGAAGCCGCUCCCUUCCCAGCCGGCGGGGACCCUCAGGGACGCCGCCGGGGCUGGGCCCCCCUCCCACAUACUGUACAAGAGGUCCGUGGACCAGCGGGCUCCGGGGGCUCCCCAGGCGGUCCUGACCCCGCGGGAUCGGGAGCUGGGGACUCCGCACCUUCAAGGCGGCUCGACCCUCCGGCACCCACAAAAGCAGCAUUUUUGUGGCAGACGCAAGAAAUACAUGCCCCAGCCUCCCGAGGAAGACCUUUUCAUCUUGCCUGAUGAGUAUGCGUCUUGCUCAAGGCACAAGCGUUCUCUUCUCAAGUCCCAUAGGAACGAGGAGCUGAAUGUGGAGACGCUGGUGGUGGUGGACAGGAAGAUGAUACGGGCCCACGGCCACGAAAACAUCACCACCUACGUGCUGACGAUACUCAACAUGGUGUCUGCUUUGUUCAAAGAUGGAACGAUAGGAGGAAACAUCAACAUUGCAAUUGUAGGUCUGAUUCUUCUAGAAGAAGACCAGCCGGGGCUUGUGAUAAGCCACCACGCCGACCACACCUUAAAUAGCUUCUGCCAGUGGCAGUCUGGCUUGAUGGGCAAAGAUGGGACGCGCCAUGACCACGCCAUCUUGCUGACUGGCCUGGACAUAUGUUCCUGGAAGAACGAGCCCUGUGACACCCUGGGAUUUGCACCCAUCAGUGGAAUGUGCAGUAAAUACCGCAGCUGUACUAUUAAUGAAGAUACAGGUCUUGGACUGGCCUUCACCAUUGCCCACGAGUCUGGACACAACUUUGGCAUGGUCCACGAUGGAGAAGGCAACAUGUGCAAAAAGUCCGAGGGCAACAUCAUGUCCCCGACGCUGGCAGGACGCAACGGGGUCUUCUCCUGGUCACCGUGCAGUCGCCAGGACCUGCACAGAUUUUUAAGCACCGCACAAGCCUUGUGCCUUGCUGACCAGCCGAAGCCUGUGAAGGAGUACAAGUACCCUGAAAAGCUGCCGGGAGAGCUGUACGAUGCAAAUACUCAGUGCAAGUGGCAGUUCGGAGAGAAAGCCAAACUCUGCAUGCUGGAGUUUAAAAAGGAUAUCUGCAAAGCCUUGUGGUGUCACCGGAUUGGAAGGAAAUGCGAGACUAAAUUUAUGCCCGCAGCCGAAGGCACCGUUUGUGGGCAUGACAUGUGGUGCCGGGGAGGACAGUGUGUGAAAUUUGGUGACCAGGGCCCCAAGCCCACCCAUGGCCAUUGGGCAGAUUGGUCUGCCUGGUCCCCUUGCUCCAGGACCUGCGGAGGGGGGGUGUCUCACAGAGACCGCUUGUGCACAAACCCCAGACCAUCGCAUGGAGGGAAGUUUUGUGAGGGCUCGGCUCGGACUCUGAGGCUGUGCAACAGUCAGAAGUGUCCCCACAACAGCGCUGACUUCCGUGCGGUACAGUGUGCCGAGUACAAUAGCAAACGGUUCCGAGGACGGCACUACACCUGGAAGCCGUACACUCAAGUCCAAGAUCAGCACUUAUGCAAACUCUACUGUAUCGCAGAAGGAUUUGAUUUCUUCUUUUCUUUGUCAAAUAAAGUCACAGAUGGGACCCCCUGCUCGGAGGAUAGCCGUAAUGUUUGUAUAGAUGGGAUAUGUGAGAGAGUGGGAUGUGACAACGUGCUUGGAUCGGACGCUGUGGAAGACUCCUGUGGUGUGUGCAGGGGGAAUAACUCAGAUUGCACGACACACAAGGGGCUCUACGCCAAGCACCACGGUGCCAACCAGUAUUACCAGAUGGUCACCAUUCCUUCUGGAGCCCGGAGUAUUCACAUCCGUGAAAUGAACGUGUCCACUUCCUACAUCUCUGUGCGCAAUGCCCUCAGAAAAUACUACCUGAACGGACACUGGACUGUGGACCGGCCAGGCCGAUACGAGUUUGCAGGCACUGCGUUUGAGUACAGACGAUCCUCCCAUGAGCCGGAGAGUUUGGCCUCUUCUGGGCCAACCAACGAAACGCUGCUUGUGGAGCUUCUAUUUCAGGGCAGGAACCCGGGCGUGGCCUGGGAGUACUCGGUGCCCCGGUCUCGGGGUGAGAAGAAGCCCGGUGGCCAGCCUCGAUACACGUGGGCCGUCAUCCGCUCCGAGUGUUCCGUCUCCUGCGGAGGGGGACACAUGACCACCAGAGAAGGCUGCUACAGAGACCUGAGGUUUCAGGUGAACACAUCCUUCUGCAAUCCCAGCACCCGGCCUGCCACAGGGGUGGUGGCCUGCAGAGUGUCUGCCUGUCCCGCCAGCUGGUCCGUGGGGACCUGGAACGCGUGCAGCCACACGUGCGGCGGGGGCACCCAGAGCCGCCUGGUGCAGUGCACACGCCGGGCACACUUCACGUCCGAGCGGGUGGCAGCCAGCCUGUGUCCCCAGCCCAUGCCGUCCAGCCGGCAAGCCUGCCAGUCUCAGAGCUGCCCGCCCACUUGGAGCGCGGGGCCCUGGGCAGAGUGCUCCCAAACCUGCGGGAAGGGGUGGAGGAAGAGGUCCGUGGCCUGUAAGAGCACCAGCCCCGCGGCCAGGCCCCAGCCGCUGCCGGACGCCGUCUGCAGCUCUGAGCCCAAGCCCAGGACGCACGAGGUCUGCCUGCUUAAGCGCUGCUACAAGCACAAGAAACUGCAGUGGCUGGUGUCUUCCUGGUCCCAGUGCUCCGUCACCUGUGAAAGAGGAACCCAGAAAAGAUUCUUGAAAUGUGCCGAGAAGCACGUUUCCGGGAAGUACCGCGAGCUGGCCUCGAAGAAGUGCCUGCACUUGCCGCGGCCGCGCGCCGAGCUGGAGCGCGCCUGCGCGCUGCCUCCGUGCCCCAGGCGCCCCCUGCUGGCCGCCGCCGGCGCGCCGCGGCCCGGCUGGUCGGCCUCGCCCUGGUCUCCGUGCACGGCCAGCUGUGGGGGCGGCGUGCAGACCAGGACAGUGCGGUGCCUGGCGGGCGGCCGGCCGGCCCCAGGCUGCUUCGUGCACCAGAAGCCCGCGGCCUCCCUGGCCUGCAACACCCACUUCUGCCCCGUCGUGGAGAAGAAAGAUGGCGCCUGCAGAGACCACUUCCCCUGGUGCCCCCUGGCGCCGCGGCAGGGGGUGUGUGGCCACUGGUUCCACGGCCAGGGGUGCUGCAAGUCCUGCUCCGCCUCCAACCUGUGAGGCCCGGGGACGGGGGGCCUCCCCGGGCGGGAGAACGGAGGUGCCGCGUCCUCAGCUGGCGAGCGCUGUGCGUCGGAACGCGGCCAGAGGAGGCCAAAGCUGGGAGAAGAACUGUGUUCGGCCGUCUGUCGGGCAGAGCGCCUGUGUGCGUGUGCAAGUGUGUGCAGAUCGUGGGUCUGAACGCGCGCCUGGCGCACGUGCACACGCGUGUCCAGCUAAGCAUGGGGGCAGGCGGGAGGUCGGCACUGCAGACCCACCGUGACCCCCGCUCCGCCCUGUGCUCCAGCCUAAUCGAGUCAGAACGUCGGAGGGAGCUGAACUCGGUAAACGCGAAGUAAAUGUGUGUGGUGCUUCGGAAAAAGAAGGAAAGGCCGUGAAAUUAGGGAUAAGUAAAGAAAUUCUGCCACUAAGUACGCCGGCCUCCCUCCCGCCGCGGAGGCCCCUUCCCGUGGUCUGGAGAAGUGGCCGGUGUUGGGGACGGCUCCCGGGCGGCGUCCCCAGGGCCUCCUCGGCCUUCCCCAGCAGGGAGCUUCUCUUAUCUGGGACCUGCCCUGGGACAGGAGCUGGGCCUCGCCUCUGAGGGGCGCCCCCCCCUGCCAGGGAGAGGCUGGGCUCCCCACUCUGCGCCCCCUUCACGCUGCCCUGGAAACAGGAGACAUGAAACCGUGCUAAGGUGCUCCCAUCCCUUUCAGACUCCUGAGCUGGAGGAGAGGACUUCCGUCGCCUCUGUUCUGUCCUUCCCCGGUAUUUACAGGUGUUUCUGUUCAACCCCUUCCUUCCCGCGUUUCUCUUCUAAACAGAAUAAAUCACAGGUUCUACCCAAGUUACCGGGCCACCCGUCACGCAAACCCGGCCGACCCGAUGAGGCUGUGGUCGGUCCUGCCCGGACAGACGUCAGCUGACAUGCGAACCUCAGAACCCAGGUUCCGUUUCCGCCUGUCGUGCUGUUUUUCAAUUUCUUUUCAUCAAUUGUGGCGGUUUUUCAAGAGCGGGGGAGGAAGAAGGCCAGCGUUUCUGGAAGAAGGUGCGCAGCAGGCCUCCGACACCAGGCUCUCUGCUGGUGCUGCCUUCCGUUCCCUCUUCCUUCGCUGCCGCCCCGUUCAGAAUGGGCACUGAGAUAUUUAUAUUUGCUGAAGUUUUAUAAUAAAUUUUAUAUUGUA